UUGGAAUCUAGGAGGCGUCGGAUGACGGGAUCGCGGCAUGAAUACAAAACUGUGCCCGAUCUGUCGAUCAGUAUUUAGCAGCGCACAAAGGGAUCGAUGUUAUUCAUUAUUCUGAGUCUCUGAGUAUCUUCGUUCUCCUUCCGAAGGUCUAAAGCUCUGCCGUCAUUCUGAGAUUGUCCCGUCCGAUUUUCUGAAUUGAUUCUCUUUCUGACUUCUGCAUUUUUAUUGACAAGUCGGGUAUCAUCUUUGGUUGCAUCGCCGAGGGUGCUGAUCUACAUUCUUGAUUACCGGAACGACUAGAUUUGGUUCGGUGUUCCAUGAGAGACUUGGAAUUCGUUAUAUCGGCUUGAGCUUCAGUCUGAGAAAUAUUUGUCUUCAGCUACUCUUCCAUCCAGUCUGUCUCCCGCACUGCAAAUCGAUCAGUUGUCAAGGGUGCUACCAUGGCGUUGGCGGAGACUAUAGUCGGUAUCAUCGGGAACAUCAUUUCAAUAUGCCUGUUUCUGGCGCCUGUGAAAACUUUCCGCAAAAUUAUCAAAGCGAAGUCAAUUAUGAACUUCAAAUCCACACCGUAUGUCUGCACCCUUCUCAGUGUUCUCCUGUGGAGUUUCUACGGUCUCGUGAAGCCGGCUGUACUCAUUGUCACCAUCAACGGAGCUGGAACGUUUCUUGAAAUAUGUUACUUGAUUUGUUUCUUAUACUACGCUGACCGCAAAGCGCGAAUUAAAACCUCGCAAUCGUUACUGUUGGUGCUGGCGAUUUUUGGUAUCGUUGUGGCAUCCUCAUUGACUGCUACAAAGGUUAAAGAUACGCGAGUGAUGGUCGCUGGCAUAGUGUCUUUGAUCUUCUCGAUAGUCAUGUAUGCAUCACCUUUGCGAGCUAUGAAAAUGGUUGUCCAGACCAAGAGUGUGACUUUCAUGCCUUUCACUUUAUCCGCAAUCCUCCUACUGAAUGGAACGGUUUGGUCCAUCUACGCCCUACUGGUGAAGGACAUCUAUGUUGGGAUUCCUAACGGAGUAGGAAUGGUUUUCGGGAUACUGCAAAUUCUUCUGUAUGUCUUGUACAUGAAGAAAUCAAGGAAAAUACAGCUAGAAAAGGAAGCAGAAAAAUCUCAUAUGCACAGCAACGGCCGCAAAUCAGAUGCUCCCAAUGGUGAUCACUCAAUUGACAUGGAGAAGCCCCCACUUUCUUCAAGUCCACAUGCAAUGGAACAAGAUAUGAAGGCUGCACAGGACACGAAAGGGUUGUCUGCUCUGCAGGGAGGAACUUCUCCUCGACCAGAUGCAGCACCAGAGUUUACCAAUGUACCUUUGGAGGACAAAGCAGUUCAGGAUUAUCGAGAUCCACAGAGCCCGACUCCUUUGCCCACUUCAAAUACUGAUCAAAUGAGACCACUCAGUGCUACGGAUUAGGCCUCGGUAGAUCCAUUCAGUUCAGAGAGCCUUUCAUCUUAGGUCAUACACCAACCUGCAAUUGACGAGCACGACGCACAAGCCCUCUGGAAUUAUAGUGAAGGAUGUGAUUAUGAAUGUAACAACCAUAUUCUUUCGCAAAGAGAGGCUUGAAGCAGAUGGCUGAAUGACGGUUAGUGAAUAUCCUUUUUCUUUUAUCCGACCUUAGGUUGAGGAUUGUUAGAAGAAAUGCAUCCCUCAUAGACGAUCCAUGAAUUUCAGGUUACGUAGGCUUCUACUUCAGAUUCAGACAUUACUGCAGGGCAGCUGUACAAAUUUUUGCUCAAUUUUCUAUAAAAAAAUGUAAUUCAAACAUUAUCAAAUAUAAUGUGUGGCACG